AUGGCUCUCGCCCCAACCAAUAUCGAUCCCAAUCAUCUGGUUUUGUACGCAUAUACACCAAGUGCUGCAGCUGCUGGAGCGUUCAUGGGGAUCUUUGCGGUCGCGACUGUCGCUCACAUCUUUUAUCUUCCCAAGUUACGCCAGUGUUUCUUCAUCCCGAUGAUCAUUGGUGGUAUCAUGGAGGUUGGAGGCUUGUACGGUCGCUUCUGGGGACACAGCAGUAAGAACAACUUCAAAGCGUAUGUCUUACAAGCGCUGCUUCUCACCCCUGCACCGAUCUUUCUUGCGGCAACCAUGUACAUGACUCUCGGCAGAGUCAUCAUCGCUCUAGAUGCCGACAAGGACCACACUCUCAUCCGUCCGCGCUGGCUGUCGAAGAUCUUCGUGCUAUUUGACAUAGUCUGCUUCAUUGUUCAGAUUGGCGGUAUCGGCUUGCAAUGCACUACUUCAUCGUCAGUACAGAAGACUGGUCGCACGGUAACCAUCAUCGGCUUGGUCAUCCAACUUGUCGUUUUCGCCUACUUCAUCCUUGUGGCUGUUGUCUUUCAUAGACGAUUGAAUGCCCGCCCUACCCCAGUCUCAGUUCACCACAGUAUUUAUUGGAUCCGACAUCUGCGUAUCAUGUACACAACAAGUGUUCUGGUACUCAUCAGAAACAUCUUCCGUGUCGCAGAGUACGUCGAAGGCUCAGAUGGUCCUAUUGGACACUCAGAGGUGUACCUCUACAUCUUCGAUUCGGCGUUGAUGGCAGGCCUUAUGUGGGCAUUCGUCAUUGUACAUCCUGGCAGACUUCUCAGGGCCAUCAAGAAGCUGAAGAAUCGUUGUUCUCUCCUCCCCGUCUACGAAAAGAUGUAA